AUGAAAGUAGAAACUAUUUUUGCUGAUCAUGAUAAAUACUUGAGCGAUUUGUACGGCAUCGAUUACGUGAGUGGUGACCCCUAUGAAGGCUGGUCUGACCCCGGGGCAUUGUUUUGCGAUAAUGUUGUGUUCUGGUGUCUUAUCCACUGGGUUAUGGGUGCCACAUCCAAGGGAGACAUUAGGACGUAUGUGUCGUUGAUCCGCGGCCUGUUUGCUGAGUUCCUUGAGACAGUCCAAUUCAAGGUCUCGGUUAUUAAUUCUGGACGAUAUAAGGAAGAGAACGAUGUGUUCUCUUCUUUAAUGCAACAGAAGAAGGCAAAGGAAUUAGAUCGACAAAGCAUAUCACCUGGCUAUAUCUCUAUUAAGGUUUCUUUUGAGAACGUACUCUUUGCUGACUUGUUACCUAUUCUUAAGUCUGCAGUCAAGAAGCUUGUGGGUAGCUUUGUUAUUAUGCAUGAUAUGGAUAUUGCUGUGGAUUUAGCAAGAAUAUCUACCCGUGCAAUUAUCGCAAGUUAUCUUUCGUCUGUCGGAGUAGGGAAAACACGUAUCGUCAAUGACAGACGUUCCGUUGGUGAUAACUGUAUCUCGUGGUAUGGAUCUACUACCAUUAAGAGCACAACGAUAAAUAUUCGAGCUAAACUCUAUAACAAGUUCGUACAAAUGGUGGAAAGCUCAGAAAUUAGAUCCAAGCUUGGUUCUAAACUCUCUUAUCUUGUAGCUAACACAGAUCUGGAUCUUGCAAAGAAACUUCAGCAAUACAAGAAAGCCGGUAUGACUAGAUUGGAGAUAACAUUGUACGGCUCGAAGGUGUAUAAGGAAAAGUACUAUCAAGGUUUAAUGGACGA